AUGAGACUCGACCGCGGAAGAUACGAUGUCACAUCUUUGCCAUCAAGCGUUCUCGCGAAUGCAAUAGCAUCUGACGAUGGAUAUGAGCUCAAGAAAAAGAAAAUAUGGUCGCGUGACCUGCAUGUCGACACCCAGGCGAACACCACAUCUUCUGAUCUCGACGAAGUCGAACAAGACAAGCCUACGAGCCAACCAGUAUCAUGGAGCGAAUUACCACGCAAAGACCAGCUCUUCGUCCUGAUGCUUGCUCGUCUUUCCGAACCUUUGACUCAGACCUCGCUGGGCGCAUAUCUCUACUACCAGCUCCAAUCCUUCGAUCCAUCACUCCCAGAGUCGACCAUCUCGUACCAAGCUGGCAUAAUCGGCGCAGCAUUCCCAGCGACUCAGUUCAUGACCGCCAUGCUAUGGGGACGCUUCUCGGAUGCAGAGUACGGUGGCCGAAAGAGAACGAUAUAUCUUGGGCUGCUUGGCACAAUGCUUAGCAUCAUUGGCUUUGGCUUCUCACGCAGUUUCGCCAUGGCAGUAGCCUUUAGAUGUCUUGGUGGUAUACUGAACGGUAAUGUUGGUGUGAUCAGGACUAUGAUCAGUGAGAUCAUCAAGGAAAAGAAGUACCAGAGUAGAGCCUUCCUGAUCUUACCUAUGAUCUUCAACGUCGGUGUCUUGGUCGGGCCUAUAAUGGGUGGUGUACUCGCAGACCCCUUUGCCAGCUACCCUUCUCUAUUUGGGCCCAACUCCACUUUCGGUGGCAAAGACGGCGUACAGUGGAUGAAGCGAUACCCUUACGCCCUACCCAAUCUCACGAGCGCCGUGUUCCUAUGCUUGUCAUCUUUCGCUGUUCUCUUCUUCCUUGAAGAGACAGGUGAACUUUGCAAACACCGGCCCGACCCAGGUCUCCGCGUUGGCCGAUGGAUACGUCGAACGAUCUUUCGACAGAACAUCGCAUCUGAAGAUGGGUACAACGUUGUACCGGAGGAUGACUUUGAGCUACAACCCACACCAACAUCGGUGCAUGCACCAUCAUCUGCUAGUCUUGACAAGCCGAGGAUUUUCGUCAGACAGCAGCUACCCUUCCGUCGUAUCUGGACUCGCAACUUAGUCACAACACUCUGCGCGCACGGCGUUCUUGCUAUGCACGUAGGUACCUUCAACGGUCUCUGGACUAUCCAUCUUUCCACGCCUCGCUUCGACCGUAGUCACCCAUAUCCCCCGGGUUUCACGCCUCACGGCCUGUUCUUUACCGGCGGUCUAGCCAUGCCUCCAGCGCGUAUCGGUAUCGCACUUGCCAUCAUCGGUGUCAUCGGCAUACCCUUGCAACUCUUCGUUUACCCACGAGUUGCGCAUCGUCUAGGUACCGUUGGUUGUUACCGCAUCUUCCUCGCUCUCUUUCCAGUGAUGUACACUACAGCUCCGUUCUUGAGUCUGGUUCCCAGCUGGACGUCCCCACCCGACGGUGUCAGCGGUCCGUGGAUAUGGAUCGCUAUUACAUGUGCUUUGUUCAUACAAGUCCUCGCUCGCACUUUCGCUCUGCCAUGUACGGCUAUACUUAUCAACAACGUCAGUCCGCAUCCAUCGGUCUUGGGUACCGUUCAUGGUAUUGGCCAGUCGGUGUCCAGUCUUACUCGGACCGUGGGGCCAAUACUCUUCUCCUGGGUAUUCGGCAGGGGGCUGAAUAUGGGAAUGAUCGGACUGGCCUGGUGGUGUAUGGCUGCUGUAGCUAUAGCUGGAUGGGUGCUUGCACAGGGCGUAAAAGAAGGGAAUGGACAUGAACUACUGCUUGAGGGGGAGAAGGAAGAGUAUGACUAG